AUGGCCAAACCCGUCUGGAAAGGCAACCACCCCGUCCGGCAAAUCAACGCAGCACCGCCAUUCUACAGAUUCUGCGCAACAGGAUUAGGCGCCGCCAUGUGGUUCUUUCUAUUCUACAGAGCGAAGAAAGACGGCCCUGCCCUGAUCGGCCUGAAGCACCCCUGGGAUCACUAG